GCGCGCGGCAGCAGUUGGACUGCGGCGGACGGCUGUUCCUUAGUCUUGUGAGCCGUCCUCCUCUCCGUUCCUCUACCUCGCGCAGCAUGUCGGGCCGCGGCAAGACAGGCGGUAAGGCCCGCGCCAAGGCCAAGUCGCGCUCGUCACGAGCGGGCCUCCAGUUCCCCGUGGGCCGCGUGCACCGGCUGUUGCGGAAGGGACACUACGCCGAGCGGGUGGGCGCCGGCGCGCCGGUCUAUCUGGCGGCGGUGCUCGAGUACCUCACAGCCGAGAUCCUGGAGCUGGCGGGCAACGCGGCCCGCGACAACAAGAAGACGCGGAUCAUCCCCCGCCACCUGCAGCUGGCCAUCCGUAACGACGAGGAGCUCAACAAGCUGCUGGGCGGCGUGACGAUCGCCCAGGGAGGUGUCCUGCCCAACAUCCAGGCCGUACUGCUGCCCAAGAAGACCAGCGCCGCCGUGGGGCCGAAGGCGCCCGCGGGCGGCAAGAAGGCCACCCAGGCCUCGCAGGAGUACUGAGGGCGCCCGCGCCGCCGCCACCGCCGCCGCCCGGCCCCUCCCCUCGCCACCACAAAGGCCCUUUUAAGGGCCACCACAACGCUCACGGAAAGAGCUGGGCCACGUCGGGCUCCGGGCCGGGCGGCCGCGCACUCGCCCCCUCCGCGGCCCCGCCGCCGCCGCCGUUCGGCCUGCCCCUCCCCCGCGCGGCUCGCUCCGGUCGUGGCUCGGCGGAGGACGGCCGUUUGAACGCCGCUCGGUGCCAGGAGCGAGCUCGUGACUCGGCCGGCCUGGCCCCCGAAUGCUGAUGGGCUGCGGGGAGGCCGCGGCACCUUCUAGAAGGCUGGGCCGGCCGCGCUGACGCAGGGCCGGGGCGCGUGGCGGGGAAGGUGAGUCGGUGCGGACGGCCGCCGGCGGGGCCGCGCGCGUUCCCCACCAGCCCGGUGCUCCGGACGGGACUCGGUUGCCGCCGACGGCGGCGGAGCCAGUCGGUCACUUCAUUUGUCCCGGGACGACCUUUGCUGCCGGAUCCCGAGCCUUGCACGUCCGCGCUCCCUCCAUCUCCACUCGCAGGCCUGUGCGCGCCCCGGAAGACACACUUCGCGGCGUGAGCAUCUCCCGCGGUGUCGGGUCCCGGCGGCGUGGGGGCUGCGGGAGUCCUGCCCCUGGACCCGCGCCCCUCCCGGCGUGUCCGCUCCGCAAGCCAAGCACCUAGAUACCAGCACUAGUCCGUUAAUCCCCAUCUGGACUGAGCCGCCGUUGGCCUCGGAACUGGAAUUUUGCAGCUAACCCAUCCAAGACAGUACUUUAGGUAUUGGGGAGUUUCAGAUGGACUAAUUUUGUUUAUUAAAGGAUUGUUUUCUUUUUUAAACAA